UCCCGUCUGUAAUAAGAAAAAGAUGGCGGACACUGAACACACGGACAGUGAUAACACUGCAAUUUCAUCAAAAACAAAGCAGAAGAAAAAGAAUGAUGCAGUGCCUGGUGUGAUAUAUCUCAGCAGAAUUCCUCCUUUUAUGAAUGUGAAGAAGAUACGCGACAUAUUCAGUGAAUAUGGAGACGUGGAGAGAAUAUUUCUUCAGCCAAACGAGCGAGGAGCAAACACCAAGAAAGGUCGAUUGUUUACAGAAGGCUGGCUGGAGUUCAGUAACAAGAAGGUCGCGAAGUAUGUGGCGUUAACAUUGAACAACUCUAAUGUCGGGGGUAAAAAGUCAAGCCAGUGGUAUGACGAGCUGUGGAACAUCAAAUACCUGCACAGAUUUAAGUGGGCUCAUUUAAAUGAAAGAUUGGCAUAUGAGAAAGAAGUUCGUAAACAGCGAAUGAGGACUGCUAUCUCGCAGGUAAAACGUCAGGCCCAGUUCCACAUCCGCAACGCUGAAGGAAAUCAAGUCAAACAACACAUACAGGCGAGAAAACGGAGACAGGGCAAGCCAGUUGGUGGAGAGAAAGAAGGGAAUGAAAAACUUUAUGUAAUAGCACAGAAAGAUACAGAGGAAGAUAAGAUGUUAAACAAAAAGAGGAAGUUAGACGGAGGUGGUGACAUUUCAAACUCAAAGAGGACAAAAAAGAAAGACAUUGAGAGGAAGAAAUCUGUGGCUGGGCGGUCAUCAUUUCUCAAAAACAUUUUCUCAGGGGGGAUAGUUGAGGGAGACAGCUGAAUUAAAUAUGUAAAACAAUA